AUGCUGCACUGGGGCUACGACGAGCACAACGGGCCUGCCCACUGGAAGGAGGUUUUUCCUGUCGCUAAUGGAGACCGUCAGUCACCCAUCGACAUCAAAACUGAGGAAACCAAGUAUGAUCCCUCUCUCCGUCCUUUAAAUCCCAAUUACGACCCGGCGUCUGCUAAAAUCAUCCUCAACAACGGGCACUCCACCAGUGUUGAGUUUGAUGACACCGUAAACAAAUCAGUGCUGACCGGGGGGCCACUCAGCGGGACCUACAGGCUGCGCCAGAUUCACUUCCACUGGGGGUCCAACGACGAAGCCGGCUCUGAGCACGCGGUGGAUGGGAUGAAAUAUGCAGCAGAGCUUCAUGUGGUUCACUGGAAUGCAGAAAAAUAUUCCAGUUUUGUUGAGGCAGCUCGUCAGUCAGAUGGAUUGGCAGUCAUGGCUGUAUUUCUGAAGAUUGGUGAAUGCAACCCUCAGCUGAAGAAGAUUACUGACCGCCUGGACACCAUCAGAAUCAAGGGUAAAAGAGCACUAUUCACAAACUUCGAUCCUAGCUGUCUGCUUCCCAAAUCCCUGGACUACUGGACUUACUUUGGCUCUCUCACUGUUCCACCUCUCCUUGAAAGUGUCAUCUGGAUUGUUCUGAGAGAGCCCAUAAGUGUUUGUUCCGAACAGCUGGCCAAAUUCCGCAGCCUGCUGAGCACUGCUGAAGAUGAGGUCGCUUGCUGCUUGCUGCGAAACUAUCGGCCUCCCCAGCCUCUAAAGGGACGAGAAGUCAGAAGGAAUUGA